GGGGCUGGUCUCCACGGGCUGGCCGGGCGGGGUGUUAUCGCGCUGUAAGCACGGCAUGGAAACUUUGUGUCGGGAAGGGAGCCACGGUAGUUAGUCCUGUCGUUUCAUCCAGUCCGCUCCUGCAGGAAGGUCUUCGCGUUGGCUCGGAGAGGUUGGUUUGGACAGCAUUGUGCGAGGACAUGAGCAGGACUCUGCAUGCUGCUGCACAUUUCCAGAAGAAACUUCACACCAAGUAGCUCCGUGCGCGUAAAAGUCAACCCUGCUUGCUUUCUUGGGGCUACAGCAGAAAGACUGGCCGAGAGCGUGCUGGAGGAAUGAGAGUGCAGAGCUCCAGGCUCUGUGCCUGACUGCCCGAGCCAGGAUGGAGCUGAAGGUCUGGGUGGAUGGAGUCCAGCGCGUGGUCUGUGGUGUCACGGAAGCCACCACCUGUCAGGAAGUGGUCAUAGCGCUGGCUCAGGCAAUAGGUCGCACCGGGCGAUAUACGCUGAUCGAGAAAUGGAGAGACACCGAGCGACACUUGGCUCCUCUUGAGAGCCCCGUGGCCUCACUGAACACUUGGGGUCAGUAUGCCGGCGACGUACAGUUCAUUCUCCACCGGACAGGUCCCUCUCUCACAGAGCGCCCCCCGUCUGAGAGGUUGUCCCACUUGGGCCCAGAGCGCGGCCUACAUCGACAGAGCCUUCCCAUCAUGGCCAAGCUCCGGGCUCCGGGAGAACACUCGCUCCGCCGGCGGGAACCACGCCGCAAGUCUCUCACCUUCACUGGGGGUCCACGCAGCCUCAGGGACAUCCUGAGCGGCAGCAGGCUCAGCGACGCUGGCACCAAGCGCCGCGUGCUCCUGGUAAAUAACGGGCACCACAGCCUGCCCACGUCCCCGCGUCUGACUAGGGGCCACCUGGAGGACCUGAGCCGUCUGGUGAGGCUGCAGAGAGACACGCUGGCCGUCCUGGGGCACAGGGCGGAGGAGCGUGAGGCAGAGCUGCAGGCGUGGGCCGAGAAGGGGCAGGACGGCGACGCCGCUGAGGACUCCUGGGUGACCGUGACCGAGGAGGUGGCACACCUGGAGCAGCAGGUGCGGAGAAACCAAGUGGAGGUGGAGGAGGAGGAGUUCUGGGCCAGCGAGCUUCAGAUUGAGCGCGAGAGCGAGAGGCAGCUGGAGGAAAGGCUGCAGGAGCUGUGUUCCCGGCUGCGUGCGUGCGAGGCCGAACUGGAUCAGCGGCUGGCCUGCCUGCAGGGCGUCGAGGCCGGCCUGGUAGCCCAGCGCUUGCAGAAGGAGGUGAGGGAGACCCAGAAGGUGAGCGAAGGGGAGGUGAAGGCCAGGCUGCAGAGAGUGAAGGCUGAGCUCAAGGCCCAGGCACAGCACACGGCCCAGCUGGACAGUAGCAGCAGGGCUGUGGACAGAUCACUCAGCCAGACAAGCAGGAGAUUACAGGAGAGUCAGUACGAGCUGGAGCAGCUGACCAAAGAACUGAGGCAGGUAAACCUGCAGCGGUUCAUCCAGCAGACCGGCACUAAAGUCACCGUGUUGCCCGUAGAGCCCAGUGAAGGCGAGGCCAGCCCCACGCCUCACAAUACAGAUGUUGCAGCUCUGACUGGUUCGCUGAAGCGGCCUGUUCCAUCUAACACAGUGGGGGUUAAUCUGCGCAUGCUCCAUAGCCCCACUGCUUCCACCUUCAACCCCGAGGGCAUCUAUGUCUAAGGACAACCACCUGCCUCUAACAGUUCCACAUAGCUCACCUCUCUGUCCUGCCCCACCACCUGGUUAUUUCUUUGGGGGGGGUUGUUUUUUAAGGGAAAUGUUUGACAGUAUAAUUAUGCGGAGCAUUGCACCACAAGUUAUUUGAAAGGCACUCAGAGAAAGUGAAUUGCUGGUUAAGGUUGGUAGAUGGAGUACUUUGCAAGACUGGACACUUUUUUCACUACGGUAAACUGUAAAUAUACCUCAACACCACAAUUAUCUGCUGUCUUCAGCAUCUGACAUCAUUUGCAGGUCUUCAGAGACCAGCUAAUGACCCUGUUGGUAGAUACAGUAUGGGACAAUUUCUCACUAUGGUAAACUGUAAAUAUACCUCAACACCAGAAUCAUCUGCUGUCUGCAGCAUCUCCCAUCACUUGCAGGUCUUUAUUGCAAGGUUAAUGACAUACCCACAGUUGGCAAACUGAGUAAAGGUUAUUUUCACGUGUGAGCAGUUGUUCUGACUACGAGGCAGCAGGUGUAUUAGGAAGGAUUGCGGAUUAGAGAUGUCAUUUCAGAAAUGUGAAAAUAUUUUUGUAAAGUUGUUAGUUCAGCCACGGAGAGAUGUUCCCAUGUGCACCUUUUCUUUCUUUACAUAAGAGUAUAUGCUGGGCUCGCCACAGUCACUACACUUCAUUGUGUACCAUGUUUAACUUUUUUUUUUUCUGAUAUUGAGCCAAAGAUUCCUGCUCAUAUGGCUACCAAAAAUGUGUAAGUGCAUGGUUGCAGUUAACAAUAGGCCUGUCUGUGGCUAUAUGAUUUGUAUCAUGUUUGCUCUUUUAAACCUUACAGUCUUAUGCAAGAAGACUGCCAUGUGUAAGCAUUUUGCAUGUUUGAAGUAUUAAACUCUGCAGUAUUACAUGUACCACACAGAUCAAACAUUAGGGUCUACCAAAUUAUCCGGUGACAGCUGUGUGGCUGUUAUAUUUGUUACUAGUGCCUUAAAGCUAAAAUUUAAGCAUUAAUGUGAUCUGAUCCAUUGGGAGCCCCCAAGUCUGCUCGUGUGUGUGUGUGUGUUACAUGGCGAUACAGUGAACUGAAGUCUUUUACAUUACUUAUAAAUGGUUGCGUUUGAAUUCACUCACUUAUUUACUUGCUGAAUAUUCAUUGUAUGAUGUAAUUGUAAAACAGUAGUAGGCUUUUGGGAGCAACCAGUUACACAAGCUAGCUUCCGGCAUUUAGCAUAUACAUGGUUAUGCUAGCAUAAGAUGAUCUUAAAAUGACAAUGUUACGUUUUAUGAACUUGUAUGUAAAGAAAGAAAGGUCCAGUGAUCCUUGGUGCCAUUUUAAUAAAAUGCAUUAAUCUG